AAGCCGUGCGAGGAACACGCGACCGAUGGUACAAGCGGCUUCACAUAUUUAUCGUGGCCCCGAGCAAACUGAUCGUGAAACAUGUUGUGAAUUUUUCACGCGUAGAUCGUUCUACUCGCCUCCGCCUCCUUGCCAGCCCGUUCCUCAGCUCCUCGCAGGUGAAUUCACCCCUCGGAAAUUCCUACAAAAGGGGGCGCGGUAACACCGGCAACCUCGAUUCUCGUUUAAAAAAUUGAAAGACUAUUUCUCGCGUGGCUCAAGUGUCUCUCGCCUCGAAAUACUACUCCGUGCUUCUCUUCGCGAACCAACAAGAUGCUGGUGUCUCCUCUGGUGCUGGUGCUUUUACUCUUUCGUCAAUUCUCGCCCGCCAUCGGAUUCAACAUUCUCGGAAUUUGUCCCAGCGCGAGCUACAGCCACCAGCAACCCUUUCAAGCAUUGAUGAAAGCUUUGGCGGCUCGUGGACACAACGUCACCGUGAUAUCAACCAUUCCGUCAAAGAAACCUACGAAGAAUUACGAGGACGUCGAUUUGUCGUUCACCUACGAAAGAAGAGAUUGCACCGGUUUAAGGCACGUGGGAGCGUUCACCCUGCUGCAGAAGAACAUGCGAGAGGCGAACGAGUUGUGCGAGAAGCAACUGUUCAGCCCUGCCAUCACGCACCUAAUUUCGAGGAACAAGAGCUUCGACGCGGUGAUUAUAGAACAAUUAUGGUACCAGUGCUAUUACGCCCUAGUGAAGCAUUACAAUUCGCCGGUUCUAAUCGGAUUCCUGAGCGUCGGGAACCUGCCGUACGUCAUGGACUCCGUUGGGAAUCCAGAUGAUCCACUGUUCAAUCCGGACAUGGCUUAUCCGUUCACGAAUCGAAUGAGUAUGAACGAACGUAUAUGGAAUAUCGUGUACACAGCGUGGACGAGGAUCUACUACAGGUACUGGCAUUUGCCGAGGGCGCAGAUGAUCGUUAACAAGUGGACGGCCGACGUCUCGGUCGACGAGAUCGACAGGAACUUCAGUCUGGUGAUAUUGGGGAACAAUCACGUAUUCGGGUAUCCGAAACCGCUGCUGCCGAAUGUGAUCGAGGUGCACAGUCUACAGAUCACGGAGAGAAAGGAAGUGUUGCCUAAGGACAUCGAAGAAUUCCUAGACAAGGCGGAACACGGGGCGAUCUACUUCUCCUUAGGAUCGAAUCUGCAAACUCAUCAACUACCAGUUGGUCCUUUGACCGCAUUGUGCAACGCGCUGAGCUCGGUGAAGCAAAGAGUUCUAUGGAAACACACCGGAGACAUGGCCAUUCACCCAGGCAACAUCAAAUUUGUGAAAUGGGCGCCACAGCAAGCGGUUCUCGCACAUCCGAAAGUGAUGGCCUACGUGAUGCAGGGUGGAUUGCAGUCGUUGCAGGAGGCGGUGCACUAUUCUGUGCCUGUAGUCGCCAUUCCCUUUUUCGGGGAUCAACUUUUCAACGCACGUAAAAUCCUGGACGCCGGUAUCGGACUUACAUUGAACAUCGAUACCAUCACCGAGGAAUCUAUCGUGCAAACCCUCACCGACGUUAUAGAAAAUAAAACGUAUUAUAACAAUAUCAAGAUUAUGUCAGAGAUUGUGAAAGAUGAACUGGUGAAACCGAUGGAUCGUGCUAUUUGGAACGUGGAACAUGUAAUUAAAUUCCCUAAUUCGAAACAUAUGCGUUAUCAUGGUCGCGAUAUUUCGUUCGUGGAUUAUUACGGAACGAUGGUAAUCCUUGUCUUACCCUUAUUUUUUACGUUCGACUACGGUAUUUUACAAAAUCGAAAGCUGAGUAGUUCUUUAAGAUUCGUAAUUUUAGGAAUACCGUUAAUUGAUAAGUAA